UCGCGCGGGAGGAUGGAGUGCGCUCGCCGGGAGGAUGGACGGUGCGGAGAGGCGCGCUCGCGCCCGAGCUCCUGUGCCCGCGCCGCGCCUCCUUGCACCGCUCCGGCGGCCACUCGCCACACGCUGUCGCCGGCGACCAUAGACAGCGACCGUCGCACCUCUACGCGCGCUACCCCGAGGCCCAAACCACGCCACGCCGCCGUCUUCCGCAACCCCGGCCUCCUCCUCGACCUCGCCUCUCCGUGCGAACAAACGGCGUUGCCGGCGGCGGCCACGGCCACCGUGCUUGAGCUGACGGGCGCCGACCGCACGGGGCUCAUCUCCGAGGUGUUCGCCUUGCUGGUCUACCUGCGGGACGAGGAUGUGGCCGCCGCCGGUGUGGAGCGCAUCGAGGCCCGCCUCGCCCCCCUCCUCCGCGGAGACUCGGAAGCCAGCGGGGGCGCCGUGGCUGCCGUCCCCGCCGGCUCCAUCCCGCACGCUGACCGGCGUCUCCACCAGCUCAUGUAUGCCAGCGGCGACUAGGAGCGCGCAUUGCCAGCUCCCUCGGUGUCUGUCGAGAGCUGGGCCGAGCGCGGGUACUCGGUCUUCAACAUCCAUUCCACAAUCAUCUCUUGUACAUUGGCUGAGGAAGAUUCAGGAAAGCAAGAGCUGCGCAAGAGGGGGCAGGAUCAGGAAGAAGCACGGUGAUGGAACCUUAGCAGUAGACCAAAUGCAGACAUGUACAUAAGGGGAUCCGAUUACGAUUAGAUGAUGCAGACCGUGUCCUUGUCCAACAAAACUCAAUCGAGUGUUUGACCCGGGUUGUUCUUUUUUGCUAUAAGAAGGAAGAGUACUACGCUGGAAUCUCCAUCACGUUAAUUGUCGACGAAACAUCCAAUGUUUCCGCCGAGUUCGCAGCAGGAAGGAGCUCAGAGUUCGCCAAUGUCUCCUGCGGUGUCUACACUCUACACCAGAGUUUCAGAUACGACAGUCAAGAGCGUCACAGGAGGAAGAAGCUCCGAGUUCGCCGGAGGUACACAAACAUCCGUCCAGCACUCCAAUGUCGCCUACGGAGUCUACACCAGAGGUAUACUUCCACUUGACCCCUGUUAACAAGCGCCGUGAGCAGAGUAGACACCGGCCAGGUCCAACAUUUGAUUCAGCCAUGUAUGCACAGAGCGUCAAUCAUCAUCCAAAUCCAUACAUUGCGUUAAUUUUCAGACCCUCUAGGUGAUGCUUUUUCAUGUCUAGAAUUGACCCUCGAGGUGAUGCUUUUUCAUGUGUAGAAUUCAGCAUGUUAGGCAAGAGUGUUAAUCAAUCUACUAUAAUAUCAGACAUGAGAGACCAGUCCAAUUUUUCUUCACUACCUCGGAAUAAGGAGCUCAAGUCUGUAGUAGCAGGACUCAUAAGAAAAUGCAUUGUCAGAUAUAUGUAGUAGAAUCUGAAUCUGUUAAUCUGUUGAAAGAUAAGGAAUCUACUUGAAAGAUAAUGACAAGAGAGACCAGUCCAAUUUUUCUUGUAAAGUGCAUGCUGUUUAAACUUUUAAAUGUUCAUGUUUACCUCUGUUUCUUUCUCAUUGAGUUUUGGUACAUUUGGUAUUGUUCGAUAUGCUAUCUAAUAUAGAGUGUGUGGCCCCACUUCAGUUGUUCAAUUAUUUUUCACUUAGCAGCGGGUGAUUGAUGGACCAAUUAUGCAAGCGAUGUCCUUAAUUUCAGAGAAGAUGCAAAACAGAUAACAUGGAUGAGCUUGAAUAACUGCCGAUAGUGUAGCUUUCUGCUGGACCAUAUAUUCUGCCCGGAGAAGUUUCAGUGACCAAUGGAAGCUUUGGUAUAUUUUUUUCAAGCAAAAGUAAUCGUCUAUUACCCAUGUCAGGUUUCGACUCAAAUUGUGGUGCUUCUGUUGGCAUUCCUUAUCUUUUAUGCCUGAUGUGAGUCUUAGUGCUAAUAAGAACUAUUUUUUCCAAAUGGUAAAUCUACCUUUCCCCAUCAUGUGACUUAAAGCUAAUCUAUUCAUGGUUAGUUUUCCUUCCUGUACAAAGGUCAUCUGUUCCGGUACAAUUUUUCUUCGCUUUCUUUUACUGUAACAUAGACCAUGCUCACAUCGUCGCAAAUUGUAAACAGAGACGGAAACGUGCAUACAGAUCUCUCAAGCAUGCAAUAUUUUUCCAGGGUGACAAAUUUUUACAUGGCUUUAUAUCUGAAGACACCUUUUGGUUGACUCUAUUUGUUGUAUAUAAGUUCUAUCCAAAUGUACCUUUGGAUGCUUAUACCAUAACUGAUGGCCCUGGAUAAGUUAUAUCUGAAGAUACCUUUGGUGACCCCUUUCUAUGUUCAUUGGUGAAUAAUAGCGGAAAAAAAACUCGAAUGAAACACUGAGACGACAUACAGGAACACUACUUGGGGGAGUACAAUGUUAUAGAGGUCGCUUUGUUGAGAGGUGAGCAAAUACAUGAAGCCAACAAAGCAACUGGGUGGGUGGAUCAUGACUAGCUCUGAUUUUCUGUACGAUUAUUUGUCUUGCUCUUGCA